AUGAUGGAGCCAUUCCAGCUUCCAUACCAGAAUUAUCAGAGAGGGGACCUAAUCAUUGGAGGAAUUGUUUCUUAUUUCGGCUUUGUAUUUGAAGAAAUGGAUUUCCAUGAGCACCCAAACACAAAGCUUACAGAUGAACUUUUGUAAGUAAAAAAACCCUAUCCUUCAUAGUGUACGCUUGGUGAGCUCAUGUAUGCUACAAUUACACCAAACAUACAAUGGCAUCCUCAGAACAUGUUUCCACAUGAUUUUUUCCCCCAGUCGGAAUGUUAAAUAUAUAUUUUCUUCUCUUUAUAUGGUGAUCUUGGCUUCUUCAUUGCUUGAUUCCACUUCUUGAGGUUUCUAUCUUCUGCCUGUUCUGCUUUCUCAUCACCUGAUCCCAUGGCUCUCACCGCCUUCUCCCAACUUCAUCCUCAACCUCCCUCUGUUUAAUUUCACACCAUUAACAUUUGGCUUUCCUUUGCAGUAAAGCUGGAUCCUCACAUUCACAAUCAGAAGCAUUUAAUCUGACAGUCACAGAUGCUGUGAAACAUGAAUAUCAUAGAUUUUGGAUUAUAUUCUCUGCUAUACAAUGUAAACCAUAUUGCAACAUUAGCACAGGAGGAAUGGCUGUUCGGUUAGCCGCCUGUGAGGACCCAUAA